GUGUCCCGUGCAGGGAGAGCGUCCACCUGGAAAUGUCUUAGUCUGUGUAUUGCUCAGUUGUACUCUUUUGAGAGGUGAAGAUUCACCCUUGGUCUGACCGUCACUGGCUGUCCUUUCCAGAAGGCUGUGACAUAUCUGAGAUAAGCAGGUCCCUUCAUAAAGCCUCAGAGCGACCUUCACAUGCUGCUGUGCACUGCAGGCUGGUGACUGUUUCAAGCUCCCUCCUUUUGCCUUGAAGACUUCUGUUUAGCUUUAUUUUGCUUUGUUUUUUAACUCUGUAAGGUGUGAAGUUAACGAAGUGGUAGGAUUCACGUAAUUGAAUUCAAGAAGGGUAAAGCUCUGUUGCCCAAAGCUAUCUGCUGAUAGCCUGUGACAGCUGAGUGCUUGUGAUGCAUGUGCGACUGCAAACAUAAGCAUGAUCCCUGUCUCAGCUUGAAAGAGGCCAAAUCAGGGAUGGUCUUUCAGUGUUAGACCAGCUGAGAAGGUCUGUGGGAUGUAAAUGGCUCAAUAAUCCAGGUUAAUUUCAUCCUGGAUAAAGGUUUUUUUUUUUUAACCUAUUGGAACUGAGUUGGAGUUGUUACCAUUAAAUUUCAUGGGUGCAGGUGCCAUGGCGUGGAUUUUUCCCCCCUGAUUUUGUAGAGUAUAUUGUUAGCUUGCCUGGCUAAGGUAGCAAACAAGCAUUUUUAUUUAGGUGGCCUGCUACUUAGAGCGAGAGGAGUACAGAAGAAUAAAUAACCUAACUUGGGUCAAUACUUGCUAUUGUCCAUUAAUGAUUAGAAUCAUUCUUUUAUCAGCCAACACCUUAGAAGUGUAGAUUGUGGCAGUGUAAACUCUUACAGUUACUCUCUGUUGCAGAAUCACUGGUUUCAAGUAGACUCUACUGCUAGAGAGCUGUGUAUGACAGGAAGAAGUUCAGAAAUAGUGUUGGCAUGGCAACACUGUUAUUAAAGGAGCUUACAAAACAGUGCAGUUGAGGAUAGCACCCAAAGUUAAUUUUGAGAUUAUAGGCUCAGUGGCUAUUUUUUAUCUGAUAUCUGUACAGUGCCAGAACUUCACUAGGUCUCCUGAGAGUUACUGCAAUCCAAGUAAUUAUCUUUGCGUUUUUCCCCUAGUCUCCUCAUUGGCUUGGGAGCUUUCAGGAUGAUGCAUUCUACAAUAAUGGGAGCAACAGUUAUGAGGAAAGGAAGCUCUGAAUUCCGGUGAAUAAAGAGAGAAGAAAAAUCCUAUGGGAUGGAAAGAAGGAUCUUGUUUCUAUCAGAGUCCUCUUGUAGCUUGACUAGGCAGGAGUUAUGCUGUCUCCGUUUUAGGUUUUCUCUUGCACAUCUAGUACAGAUACGCUUCUUCCUCGUAUAUAUUAAUACUGGAAAAGGAAAGCGCCAUCUGCUAACAGAAGAUGAUUUAAAGUUACGACAAUUUCAGCAGACAAAAGUGGCAAUUAGAAAUGAAGUUCAUGGCAAUAAAGAUCUGUAUUUUCAAAGUAUUAAGGAAAAAUUAAAGAAAAAUGGAAUGGUUCUCAAACAUGAAUUAAAAAUUUUGCUGCAUUUAUGUCAGACUUCAUCUGAUGUGGAGCUAGCCAGAAAAGUUAUUUACAGGUACCAUGAACAGAAUGGAAUUACAGCUCUACAUGAUUAUAAAUUUGGGCCCUUAUUUAUGAGGCUGUGUUAUGAGCUGGACCUUGAAACACCUGCAGUAGAACUUAUCAAAGAUCAGAACUUGCGUGGUUUUUUCUCUGACAGUACAUCAUUCCAUAUUCUGAUGACUAUGUUAUUUAAAAAGGGCCAUUAUGAAAAUGCUUUGGAAGUUCUCACAGAAAUGAAAGAACAAGGUAUACCUUUCAACAAAGAAACCUAUCUACUUGCGUUUGCAAUAUGCUACAAGCUGGACAGCCUGGAGUCUUGCAAAAUCUCUGCAAAGCUGCUUGAAGAAGCACAGCUAAAUGGUGACACAUUACCACUACGAGCAUUCUACUUUGCUGUGGCGUUUGCUUUGAAACAGGAUGAUGUGGCACAAGCCCAAUUCUAUUAUUCUCAGAUAAUGAAAACGGAAAACAAACUAUACAAUAAUCUUAGCGUUCUUGUCCAGCUCAAGUCCGGUUCAGUAGAAGAAGUAAUGAAGACAUUAGAGGCAGCGGUGGAAGUAGAUACUCCACCCUUUGUGAAAAAAAUUGAGUUUUCUGAGCAGGUGCUGGCUACAGUCAGGGAAAAGAUAGAAGAAAACCCUGCCCUUUCCGCCAGGUUAGGAGAUAUUUAUACCAGACUACAAGCUUCAGGACGGAUAACCGCUUGCACGUUGGACGACAUGCUCUUCCAGGUUUCUAGUUCAAAGAAGAACUGCGCAAAGCUUUUAAAUCAAAAACAAUUGGGCUGUCAGGCUGCUAAACCGCUUCGCUCAAAUCUGUUACUGGAGUAGUUCAGUAUUUGAUGAUAAACUAAAGUGCAGUUACCACCACGAAGAAGCAUGUUUGAAUAAAACAUCUUCUCCCUUCCUUCACUCUGGGCAGUUGUUUAAGUUGCUUGUGUGAAACUGCGUUUUAAACGUGUAUCAUGUGGCUUCUGUGUUUGAGUUUUCAUGCUGAAAAUAGGCCAUGAAGGUGGGUAUUUCUUUUUGUUCAGAAAUGGAGUGAUGAGAAUGGUUUGAAUUUUUCUUCAAACACUUAAAUCGGGAUUUUCCAUAUACUGAAUGUCCUAGGUGAAGUGAACAGAAUGUGUGUAUCUGGCCUGACUUUUGUAGUUCAUGAGAAGAAAAUUUGGUGUUCAUCAGAUGUGAUGUUCUAAUUGUAGAUGGAUGCAGUCCAGACCCUAGAUGAAAGAGAUAUCUAAGUGCAUUAACUGUUCAAAUUUUGUAUGCCUCAAGAUAUGAAAGGCAUCGAAGACACUUGCUUUGCUCUAUGCUUCUCUUGUCUUUCUAUUCAGAAAUGAUGACUAUAUUAGUUUGUUCCUUUAAUCAAAAGGGAUUGUGGAAAUACUAUGGAAGAUAGUUUGGAAAACUACAAAGGUAGUUGACUGGUCGUUUUCUCACUGGGAGGAGAUUGCUGAACAAAAGUCCUCUCAGAGUGAGCGGCCCUAUGUGUUGCUUCUUUCAAAUUGUAUUUUUAAUAAUAACAGUCAAGAUAAGCAGCUCUUGAUACAGGUCCAGUCCUAGCAAGUUGCUUACUGCAAGCAUGAUUCAAGCUAUGGGUGAAUUAUGCAGGUGAGAUGCAAUUGUAGCCUAAAGUGUUCUUUAUGCUGUUUUCAUGAGCAAAUUCAACUUCAGUGAUUCUAGGCCAAAUGUGCUUGGUUCUAGUAUGAACAGUUGUUUUGUAACUAUUAGUCCUGCAUAUGCGAAGAUCUUUUCUCUUUCACCCUUCAGAGUAGAAAGAAUUGCAAACAGUGAUACCCUGGCUCGUACCUAGGUGAUUUUGGGCUAUCUGUGCAUAUGCCUGCUGAUUUAGAACUUAGUAAGCAGUCCUGGGAACACAAGAGUGCCUGGACCCCAGCUUGGUGCUCUCAGAGUUGUUCCUUCUUAUCUCCUGUGAGAUUUAUUUUGCUUUUUUAUUUGUAAAGGUAUCCUAAAUCAAGCAAACUUCAGAAUUCAAAGGAUUCCUUCUGUGGGGGGAUUGAGCGUGCUAUAUGAAAGUUUUUUUUGAAGUCAUCAGAUCACUGAAGAAGCGAGAAUCCAUCCAUGCAGGGAUAUAUCUUAGCCAUUAAAGCAAGUUGGAGUAAGAUAUUACCAGUAUCGUUAUGAGGCUCUGGGACAGCAACUCAUUUCUGUCACUGAUAUAUAUUGUUGAUUUAAUACUAAAAUAAACAAAACAAUGUUAUGUGGUGGAUAGAAUUGUGUGUGCACACGUGUAACAAUUUACCUAUUUGAAAUUUAUAUCAUGUUUUGGUGAAAUGCGUGCACUUUUUUUUAUGACUGAUUGUACAGGAUUUGGUUAAAGGUACCACAUGCUAUACACUCACUAACAUUACUGCUGGGUAGUUUUUUUAGUACUGGUUCUGGAACGUUGGGUAUAACUUUUAAUUUUGUAUGUUAUUCAGGAGUUUACAAACUUUUAACAGUUCCCCUUGGCCUCAAUUGGAAAUUCUUUCAAUAGCUCCAACACUAUAUGGACCCUUAAAUACCUCCUGAUCUUUUAUCCAGAAAUAAAUUCAAUACAGGAUUUGUAAAGGCUGCUUUCAGUAUGGCAAGGAUUAAUUAAAGAAAAAAUGAAAGAAUUGAA